UUAAUUGUAUUGGAUCGUGUCUCCGUCUUGGCGUUGUCAACGAAGACGAAGCUGUAGCUGCUGAGACGGCGGAGAAUGGAAAACGCCGACGUUUUUUUGGGCUUACACGACUUCCUCGAGCGCAUGCGGCAACCUUCCGCCGCUGAUUUCGUCAAAGGAAUCAAAAGGUUUUUCGUUUCCAUUCGCUCUUUAUAUUAUUACGAUCAUGGUUUAGGUUAGAAUCGGAACCCUAAUCAAUUGACAUUAUCGCAGUUUCAUUGUUUCGUUUUCGAAUAAUGCUCCUGAUCCCGAGAGGGACAGUGCUGCGGUUCAAGAGUUCCUCGCCAACAUGGAAGCGGCUUUCAGAGCUCAUCCACUUUGGUCUGGUUGCUCUGAGGAGGAACUCGAAAGUGCCGGUGAAGUCAGUUUCUGCUUUACUCAUAACAUGUUCUUUCUACUUGUUGCUCUUCAUAAAUUAAGAUAUUUCAGUUUUCACUGUAUCUAAUCUACUCGGUACUCACUACCCUGUACUAACUCUACCAUCACUUUACGUUGAACUUCCUAAUUUGACUUACUGUAUUUACAUUGCAGAUUUUAUCUUAGCCGUGGAUGUUGGGAUGAUUGAAUUGGGUUAUCCGUACAAUCAAUGCAACCCACUUCUCUUCCCAUGUCCUAUAUCUGAAGGACAUUUCUAGGUUUUUCUUUUUUUAGUAAUGGUGAAUUCUAUAAGUGAGGUUUGAAAUUUUGUAAAUAUGAUUUGGGAAUGGGAGAGACAGAAUUUAGUUCAGCUGUUGGGGUGUGCGGAUCUUUCUACCUCGGUGAGUUGGUAGAAAAAAUGCUGUAUGUUGCCUAUAGGAGUGGCAACUGGCAAGGACAGAUGUCAUGGUUGUUGCACAAUGUAAAAGAAAAAACCAGCCUGUUGGUAGCACUGUAGCAUAUAUUAGUAAAUUGCUGUUCUGGGAUUGUUGUAGAUAAUCAGAGGUCCUUUUGCCCAAAAUGAAAAUUCUACCAUUUUUCAUUCAUAAAGCAUGGAGUUUGAGCGACAUGUUCAUGAGCACUAGAAAGAAGCUUGUGAAAAUCUAUCUGAAUCCUCACCUUAAGGGGCCUGUUUGUUUGUCUUUCUAAAAUCUAAAGAAAAACCAAGUGCCUAUAUAUUUUAAAACAUGAUAAAAAAAGGGCAGGUUGGCACUAAUGAUCUGGGAUCUGAAGGAAAAUCCUCGCCUUCUUCAUGGGCACAAGUUUGAAUCCCCUUGUAGCCGUUCAAAAUCCCAUUUGAUCUGCAUCCCUCCCCAGUGAGAUCCCUAGCACCUAAAGGCUAGUUGACUAGUUACAACUGGAUAAAAUUGCUUGUGGUUUAGGCCUGUGCAGUAAUCCUGGAGGUCAUGUUUCAGCUGGUCUUCUCAUGAUGCCAUUGGGACCCCUAUGCCCCACCCUAUAGGUUCCAUCUCCUUCCUGUCAUUUUUUUUUAAAAAAAAAAGGAUAAGUUUUUGGGACAAAAAAGUAAAUAUUAGUGCUUUUUCUCAAGAGUAAAAAUUGUAGUUUAUGGAGAAAAAAAAAAGGAGGCUCUAAAAAAUGAAAUAUCAUGAGAACACUUUUUUUUUAAAAGCUUAUGCAAAGGCUCCCUAAUCUCAUCAAGGGACAUAUUUAUCUAUUGUUUCAACUGGUAUUGAAAAUGUGAACCUCAUUUUGUAAAUCGUGAAUAAUUUGGAAAUAUAGACUAUAGAUAACAGUACGGAAAAAUGCAUAUCUUAAUUUCUAAUCCUUGUUUUCUUAUUAGUAAGUAGUAUUGGUAUCUGCAUGCUCUAUUUCAUUGCUGACUAAUUUCAGUGUAGGAUUGGCUAACUUGUAGCAAUGUAGUUGGGGACACCAUUUUAUUCUGAUACAAUAUAUUUUUACAUAAAAGAAAGCAGUACCAAAAUAAUCUCCACUCAAUAUUUUGCUUGCACAAACUAAUUUUCUCAGACACUGUUGGUUCUCAUUUCUCCCCUAUGCUUUCUUGACAUUUACUUGUGUUCCUCAAUAUUGUCGGUCAGACAUAUUUAUGCUUUUUUCCUAUUAUUUAAUCCCUUUUGGGUGAGUAUUGGCUUGGAAACUUGGUUUGCCCUGGAUGUCAACUUCACAAUGUCUAUGAUACUCGAUAAUUGGAGUUGGUUGAAGAUCUUUUAGGCAUUUAAGGUCCGACAUGAUAGAGAAAUUUGAAAUGAAUUUUUUUUUUAAUUUCCAUACAAAUAAAUUUCACUACAGUAAGAUGCAAAAUUUAUCUAAAAACUUGUUAGCCAAUGUAUGAAAGGUUGUUUUCCUCCAGUGACAAUACAGGUAAAUAAAAUUUGGAGUGAGGUCAACCUAAUGGUGGGAUUGUAUGUUUGAUACAUUCUAGUCAACACAAGUGUUUUUGGAAAAGAAGCAAGCCAAGUUCAAGGCACAUGUAUUAUUGCAGCUUACUAGUGGUAAUUAUAUAGGCACAGUCUAUCAAUUUAAACUCCCAUCCCUGCCUUUCUGUUAUGAAAGUUGUUUUAAGGAAGCUCAUUCUCUUCGGUUUAAUUAAACUCCAACCGAUAGACACAGCUCAAAUUAGUUUUAAUUGUUCUUGUUGUUUUUCUUGAACACAACAAGAAAAUGUUUGCUUCUACACAAAGCAUCAUUCUAUGUUCUUUUCUUGGCAAAAUUUUUAUAAUUCUUCCUAUCUUAGUUGAUCGUCUUGCCUCCUGGUUUUGAUCAUAUACAGGGGCUUGAGAAGUAUGUCAUGACCAAGUUAUUUGCUCGUGUAUUUGCUUCGCUUUCGGAUGAUGUAAAACUUGAUGACCAACUUUCUGAGAAGAUGGCUUUGAUUCAACAGUUUAUUCGACCAGAAAAUUUAGAUAUCAAGCCAGCAUUUCAGAAUGAAACAUCAUGGUUGCUUGCUCAGAAAGAAUUGCAGAAGAUCAACAUGUACAAGGCACCCAGAGACAAACUUGUCUGUAUUCUGAAUUGUUGCAAGGUUAUCGGUAACUUGCUGCUCAAUGCUUCUGUUGCUUCCAAAGAGAAUCCUCCAGGAGCUGAUGAAUUUCUUCCUGUGCUGAUUUAUGUUACCUUAAAGGCAAACCCUCCGCAACUGCACUCAAAUCUACUGUACAUACAAAGGUUUAGACGUCAAUCUCGAUUGGUUGCAGAAGCUGCAUAUUAUUUUACAAACAUGCUCUCUGCUGAGUCCUUCAUCUCAAACAUUGAUGCAAAAUCCAUUUCAAUGGAUGAGGCUGAGUUUGAGAGAAACAUGGAAUUUGCUCGUGCUCUGCUUUCAGCUGAUACUCAAGAUCCCAGUUCACCUUAUCCAAAUAAUGGACAGUAUCCUAGAGCAGAACCUACUAAGCACAGAAAUAAAGCAUUGAAUGAUAAUAAGGACACUGCAUUACGAACUCCAUCUUCUGGUGCAAAAUCAGAAGGCAAGAAAGUUACUUUUGCAGACGAGUCAUUGAUCAUGAAAGUUCCAUCCCUAUCAGAUUUGGAGAAUAAAGGAGCAAAUAUGAUUUUAAAGGAGGAUAAGUUGUCUGAAGUUUUCAGGGAGUUUCCAUAUUUGUUUGCAAGGGUAGGCGACCUGACAGUAGUUGAAGUUGAAGACCUGCUAAAUAAUUACAAACAACUUGUUUGCAAGUAUGUUUGUCUUUCCAAAGGGUUAGGUGUCUCUUCUACAUCUCAUCCUCCAUCCAAUCCCCAAAAUAAUGCUCAAGACCAAGCUGAAACCACGGCAGAUUAUUCAGACAGUGGACCUGAAGAUGCAAAUAAUAAAUCAGAAGUACCUAUUAAUACAACAGAGCAUACUGCGGAUGAAGUUUCACUUCUUGAGGAUAAAAAAAUUGAAUCUGAUCCGCCUCAAGAUGAGCCAGAUGCACCUGAGGUGAUGAUAGGUUAAUGUCCCUAAACUGUGGUUUCUCCAUUUGAUCAUGGUCAACUAUUAUUGCAAUGCUCUAUUCAGCUCCCAAAUGUCUUUUGGUGAAUAUGCAAUAUGCUGGAUCAAGUAAAGCAAUAUCUAGGGACUUGAGGGACAUGUCGGAUCUUAACCAUGUCAUAAGCGUUGAAUACAUCAUCGCAGGUUAGUUACAUCCUAAUACAGUUACCCUUCAAUUAUGUGUACUCCUGUGUCCGUGGUUCACUUGCACGGAAUGAAUUGACUGUUCAUUUUAUUUAGUAAAUUAUUGAUAAAAUGAAUACUUCGAUUUUUUUUUAACUGUUUUCUUUUUAGUUUUCUCUCUCUUAUUUCAUUUUUUUAAAUAUAUUUUAUUUAGUUUCAUUUUGGUCCAAUUUGUCAAUUGUAGUAGUUUUUUACUGUCACUAGUUAUGGUUUUUUUAAAUUAAUUGUGGCAUUUUCUUGUUAUAAUUGAUAAAUAGGACUAAAUUAAAAUCAAACAAAGAGGUAAAUGAUCAAAA